AAAUAGAAGAGGGGGAAGUCUAAUGAAGACAAGCGAGUGAAGGAGUUUAACAGGACCUGAGAUCGUACAACACCAAGGAAGAGGCGGAAAAGCUGUAAUUUAGGGGGUUCAGGCUCAGUCCUGCUCAACAGUCUACAACGUCUUGAAGAAACAAAAUUGACCAUUUAAUUUUUAAUUAAACACGUUGAAACACGUUGAAACUUAGUGAUCACCUCCAGAGUUUGUUUUCAAUCAAUUUCAAAUAAAGAACACGACGUAAGAAGACAAAGAAGACAUAUAACUGAAAACAGCAGCCAUGGCGCCCUCUCUCGUCCAGGCCUACAGGAGGCGCUGGUGGAUGGCGGUGACGGCGGUAAUAGAAAACCUUCUUUGUUCGGCCGUGCUGCUUGGAUGGGGUUCCCUGCUCAUCAUGUUGAAGAGCGAGGGUUUUUACUCCCACCUGUGCCACGUGAAUGAGUCAGUGAACGUGUCGAUGGAAAACUCCUCUGGCGGUGAGGCGGGUGAGUGGCCCAGCUGUGUGGACCAGGAGGAGAUGCUGAAUCUGGGCUUCACCAUUGGUUCAUUCCUGCUCAGCGCCACAACGCUGCCGCUCGGUAUCCUGAUGGACAGGUUUGGUCCUCGUCCAAUUCGACUGGUGGGCAGCUUGUGUUUUGGUCUGUCAUGUGUUAUCAUGGCUGCGUCUGCCUACGACCCACAUUCCUUGUCAGCGCUCAUCUUCGUGGCUCUCUCUCUAAACGGCUUUGGAGGCAUCUGCCUGACCUUCACCUCCAUCACGCUCCCCAACAUGUUUGGUUCUGUGAGCUCCACCAUCAUGUCUCUGAUGAUCGGCUCCUACGCUUCCUCUGCCGUCACGUUCCCAGGUGUCAAGCUCAUCUAUGAUGCAGGCUUAUCAUUUCGAGCGAUCAUGUGGAUUUGGACCGGUCUUGCAGGGUUUGUCUUCUUCAACUGUUUCUUGAACUGGCCCUCAGAGGGCUUCCCAACUCCUGAUGAGGUGGACUACAGUAAGAUCCUCACUCAAGAGGGGCCUUCACAUAACCAGAAGGCUGGCGGAGAGAAAUUGGCUCUGAAAAACGGAGGCGUCCAACACACCGGAGAGAAGCUUCCUGAUGGACCCGACGCUUCCCCCAAUGCUGUACCCUUCCGUCAGUCUGUGUUCUCCCCCAUCUUCCUCUGGAGUCUGAUCACGAUGGGGAUGACCCAGCUGAGGAUCAUCUUCUAUAUGGGAGCCAUGAACAAGAUGCUGGAGUUCUUUGUUACCCAUGGUGAAAAGGACUCUUCUGAGCAGUUGACGCUUGAGGCAGAAGAGAAAGUGAGUUUCUACUCAUCCAUCUUUGGCACACUCCAGCUGCUGUGUCUGGUCACGUGUCCUCUGAUUGGAUACAUCAUGGACUGGAAGAUGAAGGAUUGUGAAGAUGAGAAGACUGUCUCUUCAGGCGCAGAGCAGAGCCGGACGAGUGGAGUCAAGAGAGAUCGUAAGAUCCAGAAGCUGACCAAUGCCAUGAGAGCGUUUGUCUUCACCAAUACGCUGCUGAUCAUUUUUGGAGUGUGUUGCAUCAUUGACAGCCUGCCUCUACAGAUUUUGACCUUCAUCCUCCACACGAUGGUGCGAGGCUUCAUCCACUCGUGCUGCGGAGGCCUCUAUGCUGCUGUCUACCCGUCCAACCACUUUGGCACGCUGACAGGCCUGCAGUCCAUGGUAAGCGCCGUGGUCGCUCUGCUGCAGCAGCCGCUGUUCAUCGUCAUGGUCGGCCAUCUCAACGGAGACGCCUACUGGAUCAACUUAAGCCUGCUGUUGUUCUCAUUGAUGGGCUUCCUGUUGCCGGGUUACCUGUUCUACCACCGCAGGUGUCUGCUGAAGGAGAAGGAAAGGAAAGCCGUCGUACAGGAGAUGUAUGCCCUCAAGAGCGAAGCAAACGGUGUCAAACCUCACUGCAAUGGCUUCUCUGAGGUACAGGCUUAGACACGGACAAGGACCGCUGGAAUGAUCUCCUCUACUUUAGGAUGUGCCUGCACAGCACAACACCAGCAUCCUACUGGGCUUUUUAUUUGGAUUCAAUUUCAUAUAUUUUGCUCUUUGGUCAUCGCUGGUGCCCGUUUUUGCUCAUCACAAUCUAUGUCACGGAGCUGUUUUGUUACAAUUCGUAGUCAGACUUCAAGUUCGUUGUGAUUUGGGGAAAAGACUUGUCACCGUCAUUUGUUUCUGUUUAUUUAUACUGGUUACAAUCCAAGAACCACAUUAGCCACACUUAAAGCCAUAAAAGUUAAACUGCAAGGAGAUGCAAAGACACUGUGGACAUCAUGGUACUUGAAUGCUACUCUGUAGUUUUCUGACAAUCAUCAUAAAUCUUGCUAACACCAAAGAACAACUUGAAGGUAUUGGGAACGUUACACUCUAUUCAGUAUUUUGUUAAAGGGUGACACAAAGUGAUAGUUGUGCUGUUUCUUCUGUAGUCCCCCUGCAAACACGGUGCAUGUCUGUCUGUUCAAUUUUUAUAUGCAUAUGUGUUCAAAGAUGCAUUCAAAGCAUUCAGAAAUCAGAAUAGCAGGUUUCUGUUAUAAAAAAAGGUGUUUUUGAGUAUUAUUUCCUAGGACAUCUUCUCUCACAAACAUCCAAAGGUAUACAUAUAUAGAUUGGUUGUUGCAAUACUGCAUCUAUCUACCUCCUCUGAGCCCCUUUUUUUAAUGCACCAUCGCUCUACAGACUCCUAUUUCUACCCAUACUAUUUUUUUCCCACAUUCAGAAAUAUAAAUUUGCAAUCACACACCCUUUGUGAAACAUAUUAAUGAGAUUUCCCUGUCGAGCCAUAAUCCUCACAGGUUAGAGUGGUUUAGACUGAACAUUUCAGACUGUCAUUUUAAUUAAAAAACAUUUUUUAAGGAAAACUGACUGAUGAGGAUCAUUCUGAUACACUUUCUACUGCUUUACGCACAGAAAUGAACUAGUGUUUGUACAAAAUGUGUAUUUAACUGUCUCUUUUUAUACUGUAGUUGCCGUAGUUUAAAAAAGGGAACAUCGUUUUGUAGAUGGGGCUUGUCAUAAAAGGCUCAGAUGAUUUUCUUCAAAUCCUGCUUUUUUUUUUUUUUCUGGUCAUGUAUUGAUUUUAGGAGCAAACAAACCUCCAGCAAAAUUGUUUUUGUAAAUAGAACUGAGGUGUGGUUUGUAUUUUAUUACAUAUUCUGCUUGCAUUGCUGUAUAUGAGUUUGUACAUUUUGUUGAUGUACAAAAGCUGAACGCUGAAGAGAAACUGGCUGUGGUUACCUUUUUUAUUUUUUGUUUUCCUUUAACGUGAUUUCACGUUUUACAUUAAAACGAUGCAUCUAGCUGCAGAAUGCGAUCCCUGUGGGUCAGCCAGUAACAGAAAUGUAAAGAUCUAACAAAAUGCUUUGUGUAUAUGUUGGUUCUGAUAUGAAAUCUGUUGCUAUAUAAAUAUGCUAAUGCUUUUGCCAAAAUCAGUUUCAUUGCACCAUUAAUUAGCAGGUUUUUCCCAUCUUUUCUGAUGUAUGAUUCCUAUUUCUUAGCUUCCUCUCAUGAAAUGUGUCCAGCUUCUUGAAUAUCUGCACUCUUAAAUGAAAUUCUGCAUUUUGAUUUUGUUUGAUGCCUUUCACACCAACUUGCCUUUAUGAAAACACAAGUGAAUUAACAGAUUAAAUGUGCCAAACACCUUCCUCUGUAAACCAAAGCCAUCUUCUGGGACUGUAAAGGUAGUUAGUACAGCGCUUGACCUCAGGAGAGCAGUAUGAACAAGAAUACAUAAGAGUCCAGCAGUUAGUUUGUCUUGAUUCUGCUUGACAGUCCGUUUCAUGAAGAUUUGUAGUAUGACAGUGAAAGCUGCUGAGCCUUUCUAGUUCAGCUUUAGCUAACUUUAUCUUGACACAUAAUGUACUGUUAAUUCCAGCAAUAUGCAUCUGUGGUUUUAAGCUGCUUAAAAAAAAGAAAAAAACCACCAGACCUUAGUUAAAACUGAAAUAACAUUUAAAUUAAUGUGACAUGUUUUAGUCUUCAUGCCGGUGAUGUAAGAUAAUGUGCUUCCUGAGAUGUCGGUGUUUAUGUUUGAUCAACUCCAUCUUUUGGCUUUUCUGUACGUCUUUUUGUUUCAGAGGUCGAGUUGUUGUCUUGUUAAAACUGAAUGUUUUCUUCCCACCUUUAAUCAAAUGUCCAGUAUGUGUGUUUGAUAAGUUAAUAAACGUAUAAAGAAAA